AUUUCGUCACAUAUAUUAACCUUUUGUUAUAUUGCUUUGAAGUUAAUUAUGUCUAUCAGAAAAUAAUUAAUCCGAUGUUAAAUAUCUAAAUUUAUCUACUGGCCAGUGCGAUUUUAGCAGUGCAGUGAAUUAAAAACGUUAAAAGUGAGUAAUUGACGGAUGUCGAUCGAAAGUUAUGGAAUGUUUUUGGGAGAGAUCGAGAACAGAAAUAUCUACCGUUGGUUGCCGCCGGAUGAGUGGCUUGUCAUUAGACAAACGAAGUCCCAGUUAAAUACUGACACAUUCUGAAUAGUUUUACGCAUUAUUUACUGUGUUAAUACUUUCUUCACCUUGUUUUAAGCCGUGAAAAAUCGUUUUACAAGUGUUUAGUGAUGUUAAACAGCGAUUUAAAACGGAAAACAGAUAAUGUUGACGAUUUUACUCGCCCAAGAUGGCUGCCGUCGGAAUUCAUUCUACUUUUGUGCUGCGUAUGAACGUGUUAUAAUUUCGAUGCGGACAAUUCGAAACUAUUUCUAAGAUAUUUUAUAAUCUGUGCAAGCAAUUGAUCACCGUUUAAAUGGGUUUGGUGGUAGAUAAUAGGUAGACAAGUGUCGAUUUUACUGCGUUUUAAUUUUGGAGGACACAGAUUUGGGUGCCGCCGGAUAACGAACUUUUAAUUUUAGAAGUGUGCCCAACGGUCUGAUCAGUCAGGCAUGUGUGACCCGGAGGAGGUCUCCCAGCAAGUCUGGUUGCAAUGGAUCCUCGAAGCAAUCAGGAAGAUUAGGUCACAGAAGCAGAGACCUAGUGUGGAGAGGAUCUGCCACGCCAUCAGACAACACCACAACUACCAUGAGGACGUGAUUGGAGAGCACCUAGAACAGGCUGUAAAGGAGGGUAAUACUCUGAAGGUCUUCAAUAAGGGGCAGAGUUCCUACAAGGAUCCAGGUGGUAUUCAGAGCAAGAACCUGAAGAUUGAACCAACCUCUGAUCUAACCAAACUGGUAGCCAAAGCUGUAAGGGAAUUAGGAGAAAGGGAUGGAUCCUCGUUGAAAUCAAUAGAAAAACAUAUAAGGCAGUCUCAUAUCAUUGAAGAAACUACAGAAAACGAUUUGAAAAAUGCAAUCAAAGUGGCAAUCAAAAGGGCUGUCGGUAGGAACAUUGUCAUUCAAGAUGGGAAGAAUUUCAAGUAUAGUUAUAAUCAUACAGCGGGGGCAAAAAGGAAGUCGGAUGCAGGUAGGAGAUCAUCGGGACAAGAAGAUGCUUUAGCUCCAAAGACCCCAACACCUUUACCCAUAUGUUCGGAAUGUUUAGGCACAGAAGCGAAAAACAGGAAAGGAGUUUUCGAAAAACUUAGUGCUUGUUCCGAAUGUGGCGCCAUGGUGCACAUUUCCUGUACCUCCGGUGAACCAGAACUAACUGCCCUGUUGGCCAAAGGGGGAAAAUGGUUCUGUGAGGAUUGUAAAGUUUGUGAUGGAUGUGGCAACACCGGUGUGUCCAUGUGCCUUUUAUGUUGCUGCAGCUGUGAAAGGAACUACCAUAUGGGUUGUUUGGAUCCGCCAGCUGAAAAGAAACCAAAGUGCCCCUGGAGGUGCAAACAUUGUCUCGGCCACCACGACAAUGUAAUUCCUAAAAAAGCCGGCAGUGGCGCGCGAAAAAAAUUGGACAAGGUCAGAGAAAAAAUCAAGGAGAAAAACCAAAAGUCAAAAGAACCGACUCAAUCAACACCCAGUGGCACUCCCACCACAGCCAAUGACAGUACCACCAAAUCUUCAACUCGCAAAAGCAGAGUACCACCUCUAGACGAAAGCGACAAAAGCGACUUCGAGAAUCAUUCGGUCUCUAACCAGGUGAAGGUAAAACAGGAACCGCAAGAGAACGAACAGCUCGAAUCGUCCCAAAAAAUGUCCAAAGAGAAACAAAAGUUUUUUCGGAGCUCUGCGUUUAAUUCCGAAAAGAAGAAGGAGGCAAAAGGAAAAAGAGCGGACAAGAAGGUUAAGGUGGAAAAAGAAGAAAGUAACAAUAACGAGAAGGCUAAGGCGAAAACGCCGGAAACGGGCAGAAGCAAAAGAAAUACCAAAGUUAAUAACGAAAAAAGCAACAAAACGGCGGUAGUCGUCGAGAGCAAAUCAGCACCAAAGGGUAGUCCAAAGUCGAAAGAUAAACAAACGGAAGAAAAAGAAAAAGAAGAAACUGAAGGCGAAGAAUCGGAGGAGAGUUCCUCGGAGGACAGCUCCAGUUGUGAUUCUUGUUCCGAAUCAAAUUCCGACUCGUCUGUCGACAAUUCGGACUCUAAAACUAGUAUGCGGAACAUCAAGAUUCCCCAAAUAUUUAAUAUGAAGCAAGAGAAGUCGAAUACGUUCGGUGGCAUGGCGGAAGACGAAGAUAAACCAUGGGGAUUUGCGGCUGCGGCCGCAGAAGCUAAACAGAAAGAGACAAAACCUGAAGAAUCGUCGUUGCCGAAGUCUAAAAGCAAUGAAAACUUGUUUAUUGCCGCCCUUAAAGAAGAGGGAUUGCUUAAGGAGAACGCCGCCGUGGUUACUCCCACAAAACCGGAUGACACCUCGUCCGAUAAGUACCAGAAAACACCAGGUUUUGGACAACUCAAAGGUCUUUUUGAUGGUUUGUCCCAUUUAUUCGCAGCACCUACAGAAAGCAGGGCUAGCAGGUCUCAGCCCAAUUAUAAUCCCAACAGGAGGAAACCCAAAGAUAGCAAGGAAGAGGAAGGACAGACGGAAGAAAAGAAACCUGAUGAUGUACAGGAGGAAACGAAAGUCGAGGAUAAAAAAGCCACGACUGUAGCGAAAAGUUCUCCCAAACACACCCAAGAAAAAGCCGAACCAAAACUUCCGCAAAAAGUGGAGACUACGAAUGAUGUCAAGAUCGAUCCCAAAGAUGAAGUGAAAGUGGACCCAAAAGCAGACGUUUCGUUGACUUCGAUGACACCUUCGAAUUUGGUCAAGACUGCAGUCAACUCGAAGCAGCACGAGAAAAGAAAGUUGAUCAAAUCUGAAGCAGCAGCUCCUGCAACUCCGGAAACACCACAGGUUAAAGUAAAUGCCGAAACGGAACCAAAAAGUAUCAAAAAGAGGGUCCAUAACUUGCUGAAUUCGCCAGCUGUCUCGUCGUUCCAAAAUAAUCCUAUAAUUGACAUCAAGAACAUCCAUUUGGCCCCAGGAGUCACCCAAAAAGACGUCGAGCUGUUUAGGGACACUAGAGAAAAAGCGGCAGCCGCAACCGCAGCUCUAUUACCAGUUCCUGCUCCCCCAAUCAUCGAGCCCCCUCCGAGUCUGACGACGGUACCGGCAACUCCUUCCGGCAACCUUCCGACCGAAAUAAGAUGCCCUUCUGCUAUCGAGUUCGGAAAAUACGAGAUUCAAACGUGGUAUUCCAGCCCAUUUCCCCAAGAGUAUGCUAGGUUGCCAAAAUUGUUCUUGUGUGAAUUUUGCCUGAAAUAUACCAAAAGCAAGGCUGUAUUGGAACGACACCAAGACAAAUGCACCUGGAGACAUCCUCCCGCCACCGAAAUAUACCGUUGUAAAGACCUGUCGGUUUUCGAAGUGGACGGAAACGUCAAUAAAAUCUACUGUCAGAAUCUCUGCCUUCUGGCUAAGCUGUUUUUGGACCACAAAACUUUGUAUUACGACGUGGAGCCGUUCUUGUUCUACGUGUUGACCAAGAACGAUAAGAAGGGGUGUCAUUUGGUGGGGUAUUUUUCGAAGGAGAAGCACUGUGUACAGAAAUACAAUGUUUCUUGUAUAAUGACGAUGCCGCAGUACCAAAGACAAGGGUUUGGAAGAUUUCUAAUCGAUUUCAGUUAUCUUCUCUCCAAAGAAGAAGGCCAACCUGGUACUCCAGAAAAACCGCUUUCAGACUUGGGUAAAGUCUCUUACUACGCUUAUUGGAAGUCCGUGAUCUUGGAGUACCUUCACGCCCAUCGUACCAAACAGUUAAAACUUACAGACAUCAGCAAAGAAACCGGGAUGUACUGUCAGGAUAUAUCGCUGGCGCUACAACUGCUCGGUUUUAUAAAAUACGUCUCCAUAGAGGAGGGCGCGAACAAAUCGCUGGUCUGUGUCGACUGGAAAAAAGUGGACGCUCACAUGGAGAGGGUACUGCAGUCCAAAACGCGGAUACCCAUCGACUACGAGUGUUUGCGAUGGACUCCUCUCGUCACACAAACCAUAAGCCAGCUCUCAGAACCGAAACUGGACGACAGCCUUAACGUUUCCAAAGAAACGGCCGAUAUAGUGGUACCGAUGCCGGAAAAAAUCAUUAUAGAGACACAAACCGGAGUCAAAUUGAAACGAGGAAAGAAACGGAAGAUAUCGACUGCUACUCCGAAAAUACCUAAAGUUCCCAAACAAGAACCAAAGAUGGCGCUGAACAGUUCCUCGACGGAAUGCACGGAGAACACAGAAAUAGAGAUAACUUCUUCGGGUAGAAAACGGACGAGACCCAGUAAAUUUAACGAGACCACUUUCGGCGACUCCAAACCGAAAAUACAGGAAGUCAACAACAAGAGGAAGCCCGUAGAGAAGAAUACUACGCCGAGGAAACGGUCCAGGAUUGAGCAGAACGUCGAAAAACCACCGGAGGACGAUACCGCUAAACCACAAGAAGUUGUCAAGACUCCUAAGGGCGCCAAUAAGCCAAGCAGUACGCCAAAGAUUGCCAAGGCCGUCGACAAACCUGAAAAAGAGAAGACCGACGAGCCCCAAACCCCAAAUGAAAUUUCAACCCCCAAACCAAAGAAAAACUCCGCUACCAAAGAACGAGUAUUAGGGGAACGGUGGUCUCAAAGACGCGUCAAAAAGCAGCAAGAACAAAAAGAAAAGGAGCAUAAGAUAAAGGCAGAAGAAACCAAAGUCGAAGUUGUGGAGGAGAAAGAAAAAGAUACGCCUGCAACUGUCUUGGAGGAAACUCCGAUAGCUGCAGCGACAACUGAAGUCGUUGAGGCGAGUGUCACUGCUGAAGCUGUCGGAAAUACAAGUAUUUCUCCAUCUACACCUCAGAAUAAGGCUUCAGCGAAGAGGAUGAGGAAAAAGCGCGGUUGGAGUAAAACGAAAGUACGCGGAAAACCCGUCAAACAGUUAACUUUACAUGAAAUUCUGAAACAAAACUUACAAAAAGACAGUGAAAGCGAGUCUCUGGUCUCAGAAAAGUCGGACGAAGAAGCAGCAAAGAAACCUCCAAGUACUCAAGUUACCCCUGAAAAAGAAAAAGUUAAAGCUCGAAAGGACGAAAAGAAAAGAACGUCCAGGAUAUCGACAGAAGAAGAUUCGAGCGCUGAGGCUGAUGAUGAGAUGGAAAACGACGAAUUACCAGUUCAGAAAGAAAUUUCUCCAUCGAGUAAAUUCAAGUAUACAAAGACGAGUCCUUCGAAAGAAAAAUUGGACUCUAUACAAAAGAGUUUGUCUAAAACUCCUCCUAAAGAAGAAGAUAAAGUGGAAAUCAAAGAAAACGUCAAAUCACCUUCGUAUUCUACAAGCUCCGAAUCUGAGAUGGAGAUUGAUGGGCAAAAAAUCAAGUCGAUAUCUCACAGAGAAGUUCUUCAAAGCGGGUUACUAGUGCCUCAUAUAAAGCAGACAGAUCCCAGUGAUUUCCAAAGUGGUCCAGUUGAACAAACUGCUUCAAUCGAUAGCGUUAAUGCAGAAAUCCUCAAGGAAGAUUCUCAACCGGAAUCCGGAAGGAAAUCCACAGAUAUGGAGCUCGAAAAGAUCGACGAGACUCAUAAAAAUAAUAUCAUAGUGCCCAAGCAGACAAUUAUCAUUGACUCAACCGACGAUUCCGUGGAAAGAAUGGACAUAACUGAAGCAAUUGCGGAUAAUUCAGUCACUGGAAUUAAGUUCUUGGAGGACGCCCAGAAAAUCUUGGAGGCAGUAGAAGAAACUAAAGAAAGCUCAGAAGCGAACCCUGUUGUAGAGCAGUCUGUUAUACAAAACACUUCGUCGGCGGAUAUUGUGGAAAAUAUGGAUCAGGAAGAGGUUUCCACAGAAAGUAAACAACAAAAUACGGCGAUGGAAGAGACGCAGAAGGAAGAACACAUAAAGGAAACUACAGCUGAACCACCGGUUGAGUUGCUUUUUCCAGAAAAGUUAGAGGAAUUGCAAUCUCAGAAACCUCAACCUCAAAUUGAACCUCAACAAAAAAGUUAUGAAGUGCAAGCUCAAACUCAACCACCUUUUGAAAGCAAUAUAUCCAAAUCUUUUGAUUCUGAGGUACCAAAACCACUAGAACCUCAGAACCAGAAGAUAAGUGAGCUCCAGCUCCAAAGGCCGGAAGAAGUAUUGCCUCAAAUGGAAAAAGAUCCAAAAUCACACAACGUUCUAGCUCAGCCAUCGAAUGAGUUGCAAAAUCAAAAAUUUAAGGAUAUUCCGCUACAACAACCCUACGAAUUCCAACACCAGAAGCCUCUUGAGUUUCCGAUUCAAAGACCCAACGACUUUACGACUCCGAAACCUACUGAUCCUCCAAUUCAGAAGCCUGUCGAGCUUCAAAUGCAGCUACCAGAGCCCCAGCUUCAGAAAGCCCUUGAUGUUGCAGUUAACAAAAGUAUCGAGAUGCAAAGGUCUUUCGAGAUGCAAAUGCCAGUUCAGCAAACGCUUGAUGGUGUUUUACAGAAGCCUGUAGAUGUUCCUUUCCGCAAUAAUGUAUCAUCUGAAGAGUCUAAUCCCAGGAAGAAUAGCGAGUCUGUUAUACAGAAGCAGGUUCGUCCAACCCAGGAGCGCAAACCCACCACCGAGUCAGACUACCAAAAGAUCCACCCUAAGCCUCAACAACCGGAAAAAUUUCAUCCCCCUUCCGACAAUCUAUUAUCUGAGUACAAACACUCCGUUUUGCAGCCGUUGCCAGCUCAACCCCAUGAAGUAAAACCCUCCGAGAAGGUUUCUCAAAAAGAGAUCAAAUACUCGUCGCAUCCAGAACCGAAACACUAUACCGUGCAUGGUGAGCACAAAAUUCACGAGCAUCAAGACCCCAAGCCGAAGAUGGACGUGAAGAUUUCGCCAAAACAGGAAUCCUCAAAAUCAGAUUCCAGAAAGGAUAAAUACGACGAAAAGAGGUAUCAUCAGAAGUUGCAUGAGGAGAAAGCUAUGUACGAUGCUCAGCCCAAGAUGCAUAUGGACAGCGAGAGUUUGCUAGCGAAUGCGAUGGCCACGGAAAACUAUAUGACGCAGGCGCAGUAUCAUUGGCAGUGGGAGAGAAUUUGGGGCAAGAAUAUCUAUUAUGAUAAUAAGGCCUAUCCUCAUCAUCCGAUGCUUCAUCAGUUUGCUCCUUUGGACAUGUUACCCAAGCAGCCGACGACCUGCGAGAAAGACAAAUCGAAAUCUCACAGGUAUUCGAGCCAGGGCAGUAGUGGGAGUUCCAGUAGUAGUAGUAAGAUGAAGGAGGCGAGCAGAACCAGCGAGUCGAGAGACAAACAUUCCUCGCCCAAGAAGGAAGAUAAAAAGUUGAAGCACGACCAAGAAUCGUUUAGUGCCUCAUCAAAAAUUGAAGAAUCUAAUAAACCAACCCCUUGUUCCUACAAUCAAAAUUUGACCAAACCUGUUUCACAAUCUGCCUCAGUCGGUACCACCGAAAGAAUAGAGUCCAAAUCCAAGGCGGAUCGCAAGGAACAGAAACUAGAGGAAGCCGCCCAACAGAUCGCCAACCCCAUCAAGCAAACUCCACCCACAGCGGCUGCAACGGCUGAGAUUCCGUCCAUGGGAGUUUACACUCCAGAUUCCACGACGAAUUCAGUCCACAGUCUGCACUACGGCCAUUGCGAGAUGGACGUGACGCAGUUGAACCUCGAAUCGCCGGCGUCCAUUGCUAGCGAUGUUAAUUCGCAGAAUUCAGUUGAGUCUGUGCGGCCCCCGUCUGCCGUGGUUCAGAACCCUCCACAGGCGAGCUAUGAUUGUUCGGUGCAGCACACCAUGCAGCAGAAUUUGCAAAGUACUGCGAUAUCCGCCACAAGCCCUACAAUGCCACCGCAGCCCAACAUCCAACUGGCUCAGGCUCAACCGGCCCCUCAGCAGCUACACCAACAUUCGUCGAGCAAACGACAAGCUCAGCAGCAGCGCAGCAACAGGAGCAACACGCCCUCGUCGUCGUCUUCUUCUAGCAAACAGCACAUGAGCAGAUCGACGCCGCCCAGCGCCACGCAAUCCACCCAACAGAACCGCCAACGGGCCACGCCUCCUUGUAAUACGCAACAGCUGCAACAGAUGCAAGUCAGCCCCACGGCUCAACAUGGCAGCAUGCAGCAUCAGCACCAUAAUCCACAACAAUUACAGUCUCAUUUGCACCACCAAGUCGCCGUACAUCAAGGCUACCAGUACCAGCUUGGACCCUCGGCAGUGCACCAACACCCUCACGUCCACCAUCACGCUGUGAUAAGCCAAGCGAAUUAUAUUCCUUUGGCAGUGACGACUCAAGCGUUUCCAUCUACCAGUACGUGCGUGAAUAUUUCUCCCAUGACGACGGUUAUUCAGCACGGGAUGAGUUCCACUCAACAAAAUGCAGCUAGUCCAUUGAACUCGGUCGGAGGAUCCAACCAGAAGUUAGCUCCAAGUCCUAGUUGUGCUGUGACGACAGGAACUAACUUUUACAUCCAGACCAACCCUCACACACACUCAACAACCCCAUCUCCAUCUCAAAGAGGCAACACAGCGGCCGUCCAACCAGCGACAGCCAACGCAAGUUCUAGCAUAGCCAAACUGCAGCAACUGACCAACGGUUUGGACAUGACUCCCGCUCCGUCGUGCCAGAUCAUGACGCCCCCUCCGGCUACGAUGACGUUAACCCCUCCCCCUACGCACCUGCACGCCACUCCUCCCCCCACACACCAAAUAGUGCAGAAUCAGACUGUGAGAAACCUAACCCCUCCCUCCGCGAUCCCGCCCAAUUUGCAGCAGCAGGUGCUGGGCUAUCAUAAGUACUACCAAGCAAACAUGAACGUCAAUCAGCUGAGCAGCACCGUGACACCUCCGUCUAUCAGUCAAAACUUGGGCAGGUCCAGCAGGAACAGCACUAAUGUAGCGGCUAUGCAGCACAUGCAGACCUACAACAUGAACAGCUACCCCAUGCCUACUCAGCAAACGCCCAGCGCCGUGACUAGUUAUAUAGCUAAUACAGGGUUUAUCAAUAAUCAGAUACCGAUGCAGAUGAUGAAUAUGGCGCAGACGCAGUAUCAGGAUCCGGCUGCGUUGCAGAGAGCGCAACCCCAAAUGUACAGGACUUAUAUAAACGGGAUGUUGCAACCGUUGAAUAGUACAAUGAGACGUUAAACGUUUUAACCAGUGAAUAGUGAUGGGAUGCCUGCGAGAUGAAUGUAUAUAUAAAAGAGGUAUAUUGUGUAGACGAGACUAGAAUGGUUUUUAUGGAUACCUGAUUAGGAUAAUUGUUGAUUUUUAGAAUUUCAAAAGAUGUAGUUCAUAAAAAAAUAGUAAGGAUUGUAACAAGCUUCUUAAAUUAUCAUUGACGAUAGAAAAAUUGUAUUUAAUCGCGUUCUGGUCGUCAAAAAUUUAUUAAUCUUGAUGAAAAAACGUUCAGUUUAACUUUUUCCUAUAUCUCUUCCGCUAAACAACUGAUUUCGAAGACUUAAUAUACUUUUUAAAAGCUCUUUAAAGGACUGAUUGGUUUAAGACUGAAUUUGUCAUUCCUAUCGAAUUGAAAAUUAUUUUUUAUGUACUGAUUAAAUUAUAUUUUCUUUUAACAAGUCUUGUGGUGGAGUAUAGGCAUUUUGGAUGAGAAAAAUCUCGAUGGCAGUUGAAUACGAAAACAAACAUAAGUAAUAACGUAUAAGAGUGUGUUGUUUUAUCCUUUUUGAUAUGUAUUUGCAACACGAAUCCUGAUUUCAGUAUUUGCUUUGAUCAAUUUGAUCUCCAGCUCUUACUUCAACUUGAUAUGUUGCACAGGACUCCAAAUUCAAGGGACAUUGUGUCAAUGCGCGCGCAUGAUCAUAUUUCCAAGAGGCGUGUCUACAUCAGUGGCGUUCGUGAAUUUGCCACGUCGUCGCGUGGUUACGUACAACUCAUGAUACUAUAAAUAACGAGAUAGAGUCUUUCCGUAGCUCAAAUAAUUCCGAGUUGGCGCAUGAUGACGUAACUGGAGACCGGAAGUUGAAUUUGAAUUCUUGUUAAAGUUAAAUGGGAUUUGUAUGCAUUAUGUGAUGAAAUUAUUCAAUUAGCAAAAUAACCUUAAACUUCAAUGUAUUCGAAAAAAAAAUUAGUGUCGAAAUUCCUGUCAAAAUUUCGUAAAAAAUAAAAUAUAAAAUACACAGCUUACAACCGCGAACAAUUCAAACUAAUCGGACAUUACGAAUGAUUACGAACCAUUACGAACUUGCCGGUCUCGAGUUACGUCACAACUUCAGGAUGUGCAAUAUAUUAUCUUGUUAUUUAUAGUAUCAUGAUACAACUUACAAAAUUUGGACAAUAUCUUUGACCCGUGCUUACAGUUUUCAUAACUAUGAUCUUCAAUUUUUAUCAACUAAGAUUUUUAUAACGAAACAUAUCCUGAUCCUCACUUUUGCUUUGACAACUUUGAUUUUUAGCUUUUACUUGAGCUUAAUAUGUUGCGCAGGUGCUUCUAUAGUUACUGAAUUACAUAUUUUCAAGAGACGUGUCUAUAUCAGUGGCGUAACUUUGAUUUCCAACUCUUAUUUCAGCUUUAUAUGUUGCGCAGGUGUGUCUGUAGUCAACAAAUUCAAGGCACUGACGGAUCUAUGGGGAGGGAAAAUGGGGAAAUUCUCCCCACCAACAAGGUCCAAAAUGAAAGAAAAACAAUUGUUGUCUCAUAUAUUAACUGACAUGAAACUUAAACCACAGACAGACAAAUUCAACCCAGUAAACCCGUUUGUUAGGAAAAUUAAGGGAACUUAAUGCAUAUAAGUUAUUAUUUAUGUCUUUUAUGUAGUUUGAAGCCUUCGAGAUGUGGCUAUACAGGCGAAUCCUAAGGAUAUCAUGGACGGACAAGAUAACCAACGAGACCGUAUUACGAAGAAUGGGGAAAGAAAGAGAGGUGAUGUAUACUAUUUAAAGGAGAAAGUUAGAAUAUCUCGGACACAUAAUGAGAAACGGCACUAAAUACAGACUGAAGGCAAAGUAUUCGGAAAGCGAGGAAUUGGAAGAAGAAGAAUAUCAUGAUUAAAAAAUCCGAUGAUAUAGUUCUCAAUAACAAUUACUUAAUUUAAAGCAUCAGUUAAUAAAAUAAUUAUAGCCAUAAUUCGCCAAUAUUCAAAACGAAUAGGCACCAAAAGAAGAAGAGGAUGUAGUUUGGGUUUAUCUUUUUUGUUUUUAGUUAGUAGUGGUUUCAAUGUCUAGAUCCGCCACUGAUUCAAGCGACGUGGUUUUAAUGCGCGCGCAUGAUAAUAUUUCCAAGAGGCGUGUCUUUAUCAGUGACGUUGGAGAAUUUGCCACGUCGUUAUAAUAUAUAAAAUACAAAAUUUAGAUAAUAUCUUUAACUAAUACUUACAAUUUUCCUAAUCAUGUGCUUGAAUAUUUACAUAUACAGGGUGUCCCCGAAAAUAGUGCGUUCCUUAAAGGUAUAGAUAGAAAGCAAAAUGUAGAGCAAAAAAGUCUUAUGACAUUUUUUUCUAAAUUCAGCCGUUUGGCCAAAAAACGAAAAUACAUUUUGAUAUGCAAAUUGAAGUCUGGCAACACCGUGCAAUACAAGAGCUAAAGGUUGACACAUUUAAAAACAGUAGGUUUGUAGGUCAUUUGUAUUUGGUAGGUAGUAAAGUAAAAAUGUAAAUAUUAACCAAAUGGCUAGUGUUUACAUUUUUUCACCCCUUGUUUUGUUUGAUGUUAUUGACAUUGGAUAUUUGGGGUCAUUUAGUUUUAUUCCAAAAGAACAUGUCUUUCUUAACAAUGAGGAAUUUGUAAAGUAUACAGAAAGGGUAAAGGGUGCAAUAUUUUAUGAAUUAUCCAGAACACUAAAUGUAAAGGCCUGUAAAUUUUUUGCAAAAUGUUUUGCCGGUACUUCUUGAAGACGUGCCUUCGCAAAGACGACGCGACGUCAGAUGUGGUUUCUUCACGACGGAGCCCCAGCACAUUUUACCAAAGCUGUGAAAAAUCUUGUGGAUACCACUAUCCUCGUGGAAUUGGUAGGAAUGGACUCAUUCUGUGGCACCGUGAGUCCCGAAUUCAAUGUAUUGGAUUUUUAUUUUUGGGGACAUUUGAAAUCGUCAGUGUAUGAUAACCGACAUAAAAUCCAAACAGAAGCUGAAUUACAUAAACGCAUUUUUGGUGCUGUAGAAACUAUCCGACAUAAUUUAGUUAACUAUGGCAUUACUAACAACCGUAUUCGUCGUAUCGAUACAUGGUAGAGCUCACUUUGAACAUUUAAGGGCCGGUUGUUCGAACGCUAAUCAACAAUGAUCACUAUCAAAUAUUUAAUUACUGUCAAAACUGUCAAUGUCAACUUUUAUUGGGUUGCUGAAAACAUAAUUGAUUAAAAUUAUGAGAUUAGUUAAUCAAUUAACAUAACAAUUAUUAACAUAAUUGAUUAAGUAAUUUCAUAAUUAUAAUUAAUUAUGUUUUCAGCAACCCAAACAAAGUUGACAUUGACAGUUGGUGACAGUAAUUAAAUAUUUGAUAAUGAUCAUUGUUGAUUAGCGUUCGAACAACCGGCCCUAAGUAUUAUAAAAAUUGUCAAUUAAUAUACUUUUUUACAAAUAUUUAAUUUAAUUUUUAGACCACAAGUAAACAAAUUACUGAUAGUCGGAGCAUAAUGUAAAAAACUAAAUUAGAAUUAUUAAACGUUGUCUGUUGUAUUUAAUUUCCACCGUAAACUAUGUAAUUCAGUUAAAACCUUUGCAUUCAACACCUUUAAAGCUUAAUAACUACAUAAUACUAGUUUAGUUAAAAGAUAAAGUGUUUUUUAUUGUAAAUGACUGACAUUUUAUCAAUUCGUUUAAAAUUAUUCCAUAUUUCAAUAGAUUUCAGAAAAACAUUAGAUACAAAUCAUUUUUCCACUAAGAGCAUUAAUUACAUUUUAGGAAUUAAACCAUAGUUACUUAAGUAAAAGUUAUAAUUUAUGUAAAAUUUAGAGCCUUAAUCUAAAAUCUUAAUUCAGAUAUUAAUAGCAAAAAUGCCACAUUAUUAAAGCAAGAAAUAAUUAUUUUGCAGGUAGGUACCUACAUCUAGGAUCAACAACCCUAAAAAUCACACCUCAAAUAGUAAAUAAAUAAGGGGUUCCACAGGUUCUUCUACGCAAUGCUGCCAGGUCAUUAAAAUGUAUGAAAAUAAAAAUUCACUCAUAUGGAGAACAAUGUAAUUUUUUUUGGACACAGUUAACUUUAGGAAAAAAUGUUGUAGGACUUUUUUGUUCUAAAUUGUGCAUUAUAUCCACACAUUAAAGGAACGCAUUAUUUUCGGGGACACCUUGUAUAAUAAUAGAUAAUUAUGCCAACUAUUGGCAUGUAAUGACUACCUACACUGUAUAUCUCUUAAACUAUAAGUUGUAUUUGAUACAUUAAACAAUAUUCAACGUGUUUGGGAGCCAGUCUUUGAGUUUUUUGGUAAUAACCUGUUGUGAUAAAUUUAAACUUUACAGACAAGCUGCAACUCUUUUAUCAAUUGCUAUUUUUGUGUAUGAGUGGUAAAGAUUUCGAAUGGUAUCUAUUAAUAAUUAUUUGAUGUAUAUUAGUGCAAUAUUGCGUGUAUUAUUUUUUAUUUGCAUGCACACAUUCAAUGUUGCCGUUCCUCCAUCUUGGUGUACCCUUUUCACUUACCUUUAUAGUUAUACCUAUACAGAGUGAUUCAUUAAGAAUGUCCAAUCUCUUAGUUGUAGAUUCUAGACCCCAAAAUAUUAAGACUUAACCCUAAACACUUAAAUUAAAAUGUGGCUCCUCACUGAGUUACAGGGUGUUUUAUUUAAAAAUUUAAAAACUAUUUGUGCCCAGUACUUUAAAACUACACACACCGGCAAAAUUAGCCGAACACCUUAAAAAUGGGACGUGUUUGAUGUCUCGAAUUUUCUAAACCAGUUGUCCGAUUUGAUUGAUUCUUUUAGUAUGUUAUAGCCUUAUUAUUUAAGAAUAUCGUUGUAAUAAUAUUGUUGCUAGACAGGUAAACAUCAUUUUAUACCGGGUGUACCAAUCAUACUGUGAGUUUUUCUUAAAGUUUGGAACACCCUGUGGAAUAUUCUAGCAUAUGUGUAAUAUUAAAAUUAAAACUCGAUUGUAGAGUUAGGCUUUCAUAACAUUUUACUUUUCGAUUCAUUUAAUUAUGUGGGAUAAUAAAAAAAGUUAUGUGCCUUAACAACUAUCCAUGUUUUUCAUCAAUAAUUCCUUAUAGUAGGGGAGGAAAAUAUGCUAAAUUUGCAGUUACUCGAGCGUUAUGGGGACCUAUUGGAUUGUGAAGAGUAUGUGCUAAAACCAGAAAAAGGUUAAGUUAAGUUUUCCAUAUAGUGGGAUACUUUUCAUUUUUUUUUAAAUUUAAUUUUCCAUUUGAAACAAUCGUUUUUUUCCGAUUAUAGCGCGAUCUAUCCAUAAUUCGAAAAAAUGUGUCGAAUAAAAGUUGCCUGGGGCUCCUAUUUAAGAUUUUAAAUUAAAUCCCCCACCCCCACCUCCGUGGGGGCUCGUGUUUGGUGCCAUUCGAUAGAUUUUUCAAAAAUAUUGAAUACGUGUAUUUUGCAGUUUUUCGAUCUGAUGUUCAUUUUGCGUCGAUGUUGUAUAUAAAAUUUGUAAAAAAACAUGCAAAAAUAAAUACUGAAUAUUACAUACUUGAUUCAAAUACAUGUGCGCUCAGCGUUUGACAUUAAAACCCCCUCGAAGCUAGUUCAGCUGAAAUCCACGGGAGGUCGUCAUUGUGACAUCGCUUACAACGCUUAGUAAUUUAUUUAUUUAAUACAUUUAUUGAAUUACUUUAGGCUUGUUUAUUAAACUAAGCAGAUAAUGAUGGUAGGGGAGCCCAAGCGGGGAUUUUUGCAGUUACUCGAGAGCGUCAGGUUAUCACAUGGGGAGAAACCUUGUACCCUGUAAAUGUACCUAUACCAUAUAUUGGUUCUUAACACCGGGGAAUUCAUUAAGGGGGGACCGAAAAAAAUCUAUUCUUGGAAAAACUAGAAAUUGUUAGAUUAAGAUAAGUUAAGUUAAAUACAUGCAAAAUAGUGUAUAUUUCAAAAAUCUGACGAUUUGAGCGGGGCGUAAGAAAAUGGGUGUCACAAAGUUUCACAAAAAAAAGCGAAUAUUUCGCGAAAUAAACGUCAGAUUGAAAAACUAAAAAAUACGUGUUCAAUAUUUUUCAAAAUUGUAUCGAAUAAUACUAAACACGUCACCCCACAGAGAGGGGUGGGGAUAAAUUAAAAAUUUUAAAUACGAUAUUUCGCGAAAUGAACGUCAGAUCGUAAAACUGCAAAAUACACGUAUUUAAUAUUUUUCAAAAAUCUAUCGAAUGGCACCAAACACGAUCCCCCACGGAGGUGGGGUGAGGGUUACUUUAAAAUCUUAAAUAGAAGCCCCCAAUUUUUAUUGCAGAUUUGGAUUCUUGACGUAAAAAUAAGUAACUCUUAUGGGUAGAUGGGUAUAAUGGGAAAAAACGAUUGGUGGAAAUGGAAAAUUAAAUUAAAAAACGGAGAGUCCCACAGUUUAUGAAAAACGUAUCUUAACUUUUUUUGGUUUUAGCACCCACUCUUCACAAUCCAAUAGGUCCCCAUAACGCUCGAGUAACUGCAAAUCUAGCAUACUUUCCUCCCCUACUAUGAGGAUUUAUUGAUGAAAAACAUGGCUAGUUGUUAAAGCCCAGAACUUUUUUAUUUUCCAACAUAAGCAAAUGAAUCAAAAAAGAAAAUGUUAAGAAAGCCUAAGGCUAUAAUUGAGUUUUAAUUUCAAUGUUUUAUAUAUGCUAGAAUAUUCGACAGGGUGUUCCGAAUUUUAAGAAAAAACACAGUAUGAUUGUUACACCCGGUAUAAAAUGACAUUUACCUGUCUAGCAACAAUAUUAUUACACCGAUAUUCUUAAAUAAUGAAACUAUAUCAUACUAAAAGAAUCACUCAAAUCGGACAACAGGUUUAGGAAAUUCGAGCCAUCAAACAUGUCCCAUUUUUAAGGCGUUCGGCUAAUUUUGCCGGUGUGUGUAUUUGAUAUAUCCUUGCCAUAUUUGGCAGAAAGUGUAGGUACUGUAUGUAUAUCCUACUAAAUUAUGAUACAAAAACAUUUCUGGCUACUCCCAGAGGCGUACGACAGGGGACAGUGAAUGGUUGACCCUUCCCAAAUUCUUUGCCACUGACGGAUUUGCUAUUUUAGCAUAAUUUUUAGAUUCUCCAAUACUUUAUGUAAAUAAUAUACUUGUCAUUCAUAACGAUAAAAUCAUUAGUUUUCGACAUAUUUGAAGAAAAAAUGAAACGGCACAGUUAUUUUGAUUAAUGUAUUAUGCCCCUUCAUUUUUAACUUCAAAUAUCUCGAUAACUAAUGAUUUUGUCGUUACGAACGAAGAGUAUAUUAUUUACGUAGGAAGUAUUGGAGAAUCUAAAAAUUAUGCUAAAAUAGCAAUUCCACCAGUGCAGUGGCGUAGGAUUUGGGAAGAAUCAACCUUUCACUGCUCCCUAUCGUACGUCUCUGGUAGUAGCUAGAAACGUUUUUGUAUCAUAAUUUAGUACGGUAUACAACUUACACUUUCUGCCAAGAAUGACAAGGAUAUGUUAAAUAGUUUAAAAGUACCUACUGGCAACAAAUUUUUAAAUUUUUAAUAAAACACCGUAACACAGUAAGUAGCCACAUUUUAUUUAAGAGAAUCGGUACGUAUUUUCGGCUGCAAUGCUAUUCAAAUGGGGAUUCAUUUUUUUUUGUCCUGAGAAAACUAAUAAGUAUUUUUAAAAAAUUUAAACGCAGUAAUUUAAAAUUUAUUUUAAGAGAAAAUUUAGUGUGAUUUUUAAUUUCAAAUAUCUUAUUCGAAAGAAACUUCUUAUAUAUUCUAAGGGACUUUCGGCCCUCGAUAAUAAUUUAGUCUUUCAUUUUGUGUUUAAAUUUUUUAAAAAUACUUUUUAGUUUUUUCAGGAUUCGAAAAAAAUGGACACCAAGUCCGUGGAAAUCGAACAUUCGCUAUCUUUGUCAUACAACGCACUCAUUCGAAUAUAAUGUUAUGACAAGACUCUAGCUAGACAGUGCCAAGUAGAGAUGUGUCCGACCCGCUAUUUUGAUAUAGCAGUUCAUUCUGCUACUGCUUUUUAACGCUUUUACGAUGAUAAUAAAAUCAAACAAAGAGUUGUUUAUUAAAUAGUAUUGAUAGUGUAUUUGAAAAAUAAUAAUUGAUUUAAGGCGUUCAACUAAUAAAAAGUUAUUUAUUGUUUAUAUAUUAUUUAUGGAAAAUCCAAGUAUUCCAAGUCAUUAAAGUUCAAAUAAAAGCAUUAUUUUAUAAGAGUUUGUUCCGAUAACCGUAAAUAGGUACGAGUUUAGCUAUAAAGUAAAGUGCCCAUGGUGGUAUAAAAUGUAGUAAAUGCUAAUGCUUCAAGUACGUACUACAUUUUUAAAGAUUUCGCUACACUUAAAAGCAUUUGCUUUUCUCCGUAGUAUUUGCUACUAUUUACUAGCCUACAUAGAAGAAUGUACUACGCUUUUGAAGUAUGUGCUUGUUUAGUAGUAUUUUGCUUCAGUUUAAGUGAAGUUGGUGGGUGGACGUCUUCGGCGUAGGUAUUUUUUUGUUACAAUAUGGCAGCAUUUAUGAAUGUGUGUCAUAGAAAAAUAUACAAACUAAGAAGCAGAUUCUUAAUUUUUGGGGUCAUUCUUUUAUCAAAUAAAAUUUAAUAAUUGUGAAGAAGAUUAACAAAUAACAAUUGUUCAUUUUUAUCCCCGCGUAACUCUUUUGUCGCUUCGGAUAUGAGUCACUCAUUUUUACUCAUGUACAAUUCUAAUAAUUUGGUACGUAAAAAUGUGAAUUCACAAAUCACAAGCACAUGGAAAACUAAUUCCAUCACGAUUGGUGUAAUGCAGACACGGCUGGCGCUACGCUUUGUAGUAGAUACUUCUGGUCAGUAGUAGGUACUUCUGUUGUGUAGUAAUAAAUAGUUUACUCCUUUAAACGAGAAUAAAACUUAAUGUGAAAAUUAUUGUUUUACCGAUAGAUUUUAUAGAUCAUAUUUUCACUAUAAAUUUAAAAUUAAUUUGAAAAAUAUAAAAGUAAUUAAUUUGAUUUAUGUAAAAAAGUACUUACUUCAAUUGAGCUAACCGUCUAUUUCUUCGCUUUUCAGUAACACAUUUCUUGUAACAACGUCCCAUAUUUUAAUUUGCGCAAAUAAAGAAAUAAAUAAAGUCUUUAUAAAUUAAUUGAGUGAUACUACAUUUAUACAACGCAGUUCUUCACAUGUUCAAACCUUAUCUAAGCUUUCCAUGGUAACAGGACAUUAUUAAAAUAACUUUACAACUUUUUUUCUUUUUCGACUAUUUGUAUAGUAUAUAAAUAAUGGUAACCACUGAAUACAUAAUUAGUGAAAAAAUAAUCCUAUCAUUUAUACAAGUAAAGGUUAUCCAAGAACAUUCAAAAACUGAACGAAACCGAAAUAGCCAUCUCUACCUUUCUAAUGACAAUGUCACUGUCAACCUAAUGUUUACAUCUGCAGUUUCUAUACCAGUGAGAAUUUUACUACACGUAAUUUGUAAUUUGCCGUGUGAAGACAGAAAAAGUAGGGAUAGCCGUAAAAUAUUUGCGAAUUAUGUACCCAUAGCCUUAAGUGAUUAGGGUUGAGGUCUAGAAACUACAACUCUGACACCCAGAACUAAACUUGGACAUUCGUAAUGAAUCACCCUGUAUAAGAAACUUUUCAUUUUACAUUAGAACUUAAAGGCUGGUCCUGAACAAGUGAUUUUAUACUUAAUAUAUGAAUAACACAAAAAGUAUUGCCUUACAGUUAUCAUGUUAUGUUAUAUUCUAUUAAAUAAUUAGGGCUGUGCUGGCUUUAGGAUCUGUUUGUUUACAUUUUUUACAUUUUUCUUAUUUUAACAGUUCUGUGUUGGUACUUUUUUUGAUUUACAGUGGUUAAUGUUCGGGUAUAUAUCGUAAAGAGUCAAUCAAGAUUUACAUAAAAUAAAUUUAUUUAAAAUAAACAUCCUGUAUAUAUUUCAUUGUUAAAGUCUUUAUCCGUUAGCAAUGCAAUUACCAAGCAUCGUUUCAUGUAGCUAUAUUACUAUAAAUCGCUGUCCCGGAAGAACAAUGACGUACCUAACUGCAAAUUUUGUCAAUUUCUGUUUAUUGCAUAAUUAACUUCUAAAAUACUGUGUACAGAUGAUACAAAAACGACCGAACUCUAAAAAUGUACUGAGCCACUAUAGGGUAGUUGCGUCGUUAUUGAAAUACGCGCCGUUUUAGGCCUUGUUUCAGAUGCAUAAUGACGCCACUGUAGAUAGGGUUGAAAAUGCGGGGAUUAAAUUAGAAUAAUGAAAUUCGAAUUAAUAGGGAUGAAAAUAAAAGCCAUCGUUGUAGGAAUAACCGCCAUACCGAUGCUCUUGCGCGAUUACUCUUCAUCUAAUUACGAUUUUAAAUAUUUAAACAUCGGUUUUUUGUCCUCCUGGAGAAUUUUAAUUUUUGCAGUUACUUCAUUCUUCUGGUUACGUCAUUCUUCUUCUGGACCGGCGAUAUGGCCUUUCAGUACAUUUAGUGUUCAUAAAUACAAUUUUUCGAUAGUGCAAAAAUUUUAGUGAAUGUUUUGUUCACCAAACAGAAAAAUAUAUGUUUCGAUAUUUGCUGUGGAGUACACAAGAACUCAAGUUAUGAUGAUGUUGGAGAUGGAAAAUUCUAAUAAAAGUUGUGCCAGUUCUGCGAAGAAACUUUAUAUAUCAAUAGCAUCGUUAGCUGCGCCCUCUUUCAGGAUAAUGGACCAAAAUAAUGUUAUCUUGUCUCUCUUUUGGUUUUUUGGCCAUAGUCACUUGAAACCAUUUGAAAUUACUUUGAAUUUUCUGAUUUUGGUGACAAGAUUCAGCAAAUUUAUUUAUUUUUGAUUGUGAAAAUCGCUCUUAUCCCAUUGACUCUCAUUCCUGUCAAUAUAGCUCGAAAUACGUUGACUUUGUGAUUUUGAACUACUUGUGAAUCUACUACUUAGUUGUGAAAAUAUCCUAUUGUCAUCACUUUUGUGAUUUUGACAUACUUAUAAAAAAAUCUUAUGUCAAAUGGCGUUAACUUUGGUAAUUUUCACAUACGUCUGACAAAUCACAUCAACGUUGCCCACAACACAAGACAUAAACUACUCCAUUUUGACAAAUAUCUCAUAUUGCACUGAAUUUGGAAUUAUUUUAGCACACUUCUUCAUUAUUCAAAACAAACACGACUCUGAAGCAUGUUAUCAGUAACUGUAUACAAGCCGAACAGAACAGAGACAGAUGGAAAGAGCUUAGGGAGACCCAUGUCCAGCAGUGGAUGUGUACGGGUUAAUGGUGAUGACAUUGACUUGAGGCAUUUUGAAGCACUCCUGGCAAAUUACAUCAACGUCCUCCACCACACAAGUUAGGAAGGACCCUUUUCUUGUGAAAAUAUAUAUUGCAUUGUAUUUGUCAUUUUGACACACUUCCUCAUUACACAAACCAAAAACGUAUGUCGGGUAUUGAUCUUCUAUUUCAGCUGUAUGCACUUCUAUGUUUGAUGUAUUUGUGCUAGAUUUGUCGUUUAACAGUUCAUAGAAACAUUCCUUCCAGGUUUUUAGGAUAUAAUUGUCAUCAGUAAUAAGCUGUUCGCUGUCGUUUUGAAGGAAGUUUCCUGUUCUUGUUUGGUACCCGGCCUUGAUCUCUGUGUUCUUGGUACUCUUUCUUCCUUUUUAUUAGUUUUCUUGUCUCUGUUCUUAUUGAUACCUUUCACUGUUGUGCGAGGGAUUUUGAUUAUGUCUUUUAUGGAUUUCAGUAAAUCGUCACCCAAUCAUUUUUUUGUUGCUCUCUUUUUUGUCCUAGUAUUUCAUCUGAUACGCUUAUCAAAGUUAAUUUUAUAUUUUUCCAAGUAGAGCCUAUGUUGUUAUAAUCCUCUGUCCAUCUACCAGAACAUGAUGGAUUUGAUUUCUUGUGACGCUGUCGUUGGUGACCCAUGUUUCUUUGUGUAUUUUCUUGUGUUCGAACAUUGUUGAUUUUAUUAGUAGGUUGUGGGAUUCUACAAAAUCUAUUAACCUUGUUUCAUUAUCGUUACUCAUAUGGAGACUAUGGUUACCUAUUGUUCUUGGUACUGGGGAUUGUUACCCCCCCCCCCCCCCGAUGAUGGGGUUGAUUAAGUUGAAACACUAAUUACCGAAAUAUAUUUAUUUAAGUCACCAUGUACGACAGUAACUAGUUGGUGUCGGGAUGGAUAAUGUCUCUACUCUAACCACGUCGGUUUUUGAAUAAUGAAUAAUCUCUUUCUUUACUUUCUACGUAUCUAUAAAUAAAUCCCAAUUGUUUGUUAUGAUUGAUCAUACUUGAACGUGACCAUGAAAAAUACUAAUAGUAACAUAAUUGCUGACUCCGUUGUUUUCAAAACGAGUGGCCUACAUUGCAGAAGCAAUGUCGCCCAUUUACGUAAUGUAAACAGUACAUGUAAAUAAUAUUUGUUUGAGACUUUAAAAAUUAAAUCAAUAUGGAUUACUCUUAUUUUUUAGAUGCUAAUAUAAAUCCUGUACAGUCUGCAUGCUGCUUCCUUCCCAAUAUUUCCAUUGAUAAUACUACACAGUUGAUAACUACACAGUGUAAUAAUACUACACAGUUAAUACAUUAUUCUACGUUCAACUGACACAACUUUACUCAUUGUUGAACUCUUUUUGCUAAAUUCUGAAACAGUUGAUUGACUUUUUUCGAACAAUAUCCUUUAUGUACAUAUGUACUUUUUGUUUGUAAAGACAGGUUUGAGAAGGUAUUUUUAAGGCUAGUUUUUUAUUGUACAUAUAUACCACUUACAGGUGACCCGUUGGGAGAGCAAUUAUACCUGAAAUUACUUUUUAAGAUGUACAUAAUUCAUUGAAAAUUAUGUAAUGUCCCAUAUCGAGGUAGUUAACAGGUUUAAUAUAAUUAAUGAUCUAUAAUUUACCUAUUUUCACGUACGUGCCUUGUAUAUUUCUUGAGGAAUGUGGAAUAAUAUAAAUUUUAAAUGUUUUUCUUUCAAAAAUUGUUUUUCAGUUUGUUUUUCUUUUACGUUACGACCAGGGUUGGCAAGUUUAAACCAACAUGGUUGAAACCUUGGUUGAAACUGGUUUUUUGUGGGUUUUUCAAAACAAAGUAAUACAUUAGUGAUCCUGUACAUGCAUGGAAUGAGCUUGAAAACAAUUUCAGAAAUAUUGGAAAUGAAUAGUGUAAAAAAAAUUCAAAAGUCUGUAUGAAAUGGCAAUAACAUAAGCACAUUUUUAUCAUAUAUGCUUGACACAAGGGAAAAAUCCCCCUACUUAGAUUUAACACAGGAAGAGACAUCAACAGCACUGGACUUUGCAAAAGAAAAGUAUCCUGAAAUUGACGUUUUGCUAAUAAUUAUAAAGUUUCAGGCAAAAAGUGUAGCUUUUCAAAAAUAUUUUUUUGAAAACAGUGUUACUUCAAAAGUGACACCGAUUGAGUGGCAGAAAAGCCACAAAAAUAUUAAUAUCAUCACACUAACAUCAUUAAUAUUAUUGAACAACUUCACACAACCCAAGCGUCUUCGGCAAGCGUUGAAAGAAUAAUUUUUUAUUCCUUUGGGCUAGUGAAGUCGAAACAGGUUGGGUACAGCAAAAGCCUCCAAACUGUUGUUUAUUUAAAGUUUUUAAUACAUCUGCAGUAAAUGAAGAAAAUUGAGAUAAAUAAAUUCUAUUUUUGUAUUUUCAAAUUUAGUUAUUUUGAAUAUUAUUACGUUUGAAGAUGUUUUUUGUUAUAUUAAUUUUGUGUGUGUGUAAAUAAAAAUAAAAGUUGUCUUAAUAAUUUUUUCAUUGCUUAUAUAUAAAUUUAAUACUUUGUAUCAAAUAAACCUGGUUUAAACCAAAUAAACCUGAUUAAAAGCAAAAAAACCUGUUUUUUUUUGGUUUUUUUGGAAAAAACCGUGGUUUUUGCCAACCCUGGUUAUGACGUUCCUUUUGAUAUUGACGUUUGACGUUGACAUUGACAUUUGCAUAACGUUUUUUUAUUUUAUACUUUAUUGCAAAAUUUGUGAAUACUUUAUUUUUCUUUUACGUAUCGUCUUUUUAACUGAAAUACCUCCGUCUUUAUUCAUUUCAUUUUUUAUAUCUCCUUCUACAGUAAUUUACGACCAUCAUUAUAAAUUAGACCUAAAAGUAUUUUUCUUUUGAUGUUGACGUUUGACUUUGAGUGGACGUGUGGCGUUUACAUUUGAAGUUUGACAUUGACGUUGAGCGUCGAUAUUUGAUUUUCAGUAAGAUCAAAUUAAAGUUGGCGUUUCAUCGUUUUUCAAUUUUUUUUCCAAUGGAGCAAUAAUUGCACAGUUAUACAAAUACUAUCUAAUAAUAAUUUCUCUUAUUUAUUGUUUGUAGAUUUUUUUAAUGUUUUUAUCUGAAAGCUGAGCAACGGGUCAUCCUGUAGUCACAGUACCUAUAGAAGUAUAUAAAGAAAUUGAAACAAAGCAUAUUUUGUACAGUUUGUCCAUAGGAAAAAUGAAUAUAACUUUAGAUAUCUUUUUUGUUUAUACUUUGUUGUUGUAUUUAUUUUAAUCUUGUCUUUGAAGUAGGAUAAAGUUUAAUAAAGAUUUUACAUAGAGUUAAGAAUAAUUGUUUUUUUAUCACGUUUUAUCACUUUUUGUAUAGCACUGUGAUUAGGAUUUUGUUUUACAGAUGUCUUUCCUAUUAUCCGAUGGAAUUAUUGUACAUUUUUAGUUUGUGAGAUGAACAUUAAACAGAAUAUUAGUUUUUAAAA